GUUACAUAACUUACAUAUUUCCGGUAUCUUUACACGCAUGCGUAAUAAGCGCACUCAAUAGUUGCCAAUGAUACCAGCUUCGGUAUCCACUGCGUGAAUUCCUCUUUAUCAGCUGAUAAUAAUAAUCCAUUUAUAAUUCUUUUAAUGCAUUUCUCAACUGCCAUAUACACACAUAUAUAAACAACACUUACCUUUUAUGAAACAUUUGCAACAUCAACUGACAUUGACGUAACAGAAGAAACAUCCUCAAUAUUUACCAUUUUUUAAAGACUAAAGCAAAAUAUUAUGCAGAACAGAUGUAUAACAUUGUUUGUAGAAAUCUGUUGUAGAAUUCCUGUGAAACAUUUGCUCUGAAAUAAUACUAUUAGCCAGGACUCAGAACAACACUGACUGGAGUAUCAAGAAGAGGGGCUUCUGUGCUGGUGAAACUUGGAUAAAUUUAUGUAAUUGCUGCUAGAAAAAGGUAACAGUGGACAGAAAUACAGGAGCAGGAGUAUUUGUAAGGAAUUAAGUAUAAGAAUAAAAUAGGAAAAAUAUUUUAACUGGGAUUUGAGAGGAAAAUAAUGGAAAAGAGUGAGAAACUUCAAGAAUUGGUUACCUCUGAACAAAUUAUAAAAGAAAAGAAAAAUUUGUCUUAUGACUGUGACAUCUGUAAAAAGGUCUUCUCUCUCAAAGGUAACCUAAUUUCGCACAAGUGUAUUCAUGCAGGAGAGAAACCAUUGCACUGUGAUAUCUGUGGUAGAUCUUUCACUUACAAUAGUGAGAUAAUUAGACACAAACUCAGUCAUACUGGAGAGAAACCGUAUCAUUGUGAUAUAUGUGGUCAAUCAUUCUCUCAAAACAGUACCUUAACUGCACACAAACGCAUUCACACAGGAGAGAAACCCUAUCAUUGUGAAAUUUGUGGUGAUACAUUCUCUGUAAGUAAUUCACUAACACAACAUAAACGUAUUCAUCAUACAGGGGAGAGGCCAUAUCACUGUGAUAUCUGUGGUAAAUCAUUCUCUCAAAAUUAUGCCUUAACACAACACAAACGUAUUCAUUCUGGGGAGAAGCCGUAUCACUGUGAUAUUUGUGGUAAAUCAUUCUUUAAUGGCAGUUCGUUAACACAACACAAACGUAUUCAUACAGGAGAGAAGCCAUAUCGUUGUGAUAUCUGUGGUAAAUCAUUCUCUGUAAGUAGUUCACUAACACAACACAAACGUGUUCAUACAGGAGAGAAGCCAUAUCAUUGUGAUAUCUGUGGUAAAUCAUUCUCUCAGAAUAGUCACUUAGCAAGACACAAACAUAUUCAUACAGGGGUGAAAGGAAAAGGGUAGUCCCUAUAGUUUCCUGUUUGCUAUAUUUGUUUAAUAUUCCUGUGUUUUAUGCAAUGGAAAUUAUGAUUAAAAUAUUUCCCAAAAUU